AUCUUUCAACUCGCAACAAGCAGCCAUGGAACCCGCCCGCAUUCGAMAGUUCGCCUACGCCACGGCGUCCUUCCUCCUAGGUGCCUGGGCCUUUGUCGCGGUGAACGCCAUCUCCGGACCCGCAUUCGAACCGAUCAUUGCGGCCUGCACCAACCCCGACUUCGCUUCGGUCGAGGACUUUGUGGRAAAUACCGGCUACCACGAAUACGAACCAAUGGUCGGGCUCGGCGCCUUCAACCUCCUGGUCUGCCUCAUCACCCAGUUCCUCUUCGAGCUCCGAACCACCCACCCGGCGGGCGUCCUGACCUGGGGCGGGGUCGUCCUGGUGUCGCUCCCCAGCGUGGGCCUGGGAACCUUCGAGGGGGCYCGCAGGGGCGCGAGGGGKCCCAUCCGGUACCCGGUCGUCCUURGCUUGCUCUACCAGCUCUUUGGGAUCUCGGUCGUGUUCCCGCUGAUCUUUGUCCCGGCCUUUGUCUUUGGUGAGGGCGAGCGCGGGGCGCCCCUCACCCGGUUUCGCGUGGCGGUGGCCCACGCGAUGCCCGUCCCGAUCAUCCUGCUGACCCUCGCCGUCUUYUUGGCACCCACGGAUUCCGCCCUGUGGACGACUUCGGCCGGGAUCCUGGGCGGGCCGAUCCUCGCGCUGAUGGGCCUCCUCUUCUUUUUCGACAAAUCMUCCGAGCUGGCCACCACGAGGAAAGCCGCGGAAGCGACCUCCCGUGGCCUCCAGGCCUUUUACGCGUAUCUAGCGGUGGUGGGCUUUCUUGGAUGGUACGCUCUGGUCGGGAUUGCCUACCAAUCCUAUGGAACCUCGUUCGGGGACCUCUGGAGGGACAUCUGGGUGGAGGCCAAGCCGUCCGUCGCCUUUAUGACCAUCGACACCGGGGUCUUUUAUCUGGSAAUCGUGCUGCUGGUGGCSUACCGCAGCGGCGAGCGGAUGGCCGSGAAAGCGAUCCUGCGCACGUCGUUCCUAGGACCCGCCACGGCGCUGUGCUUGGCAAUGAUCGAGAUCGAGAAGGAAACGGUGUGCGUCAUGGACGAGGCCGACAAAUCUACCAAGAAGGAAGACUAAGCAGCAGCACGACGGAUGGUUUCUGUGCUUCGGCUAUUUUUCUGCCCUCGGAUAGUGUCGCCAUGCGACGAUGGCUUGCAGAAGCGACAAAACAACCAAGUAUGAACGCUAGGAGGAAAUCAAUUUUCUUGGGUGAC